AUGGUGAACGAUGAUUCUGAAGACGAUGUUGAAGGUGUAAUACCUCCAAUUUCAAUAUACACACCGCCGUCUCACAUGUCGAACGUUGACAUGGCCGAUGAUGAACCCUCAUCAGACAUAUUCCACAAUGUCUGCAUGCAGUCAGAUGCAACCUUAAAAGAGAAAGAUAGUUUUCGUUCGAAGGAUGAGUGCAUGCGAGCAAUAAAAAAGUUCCACAUGUUACACUCUGUGGAUUUUAAAGUGGACCGAACAAAUGCAGAACGGAAAUCAUGGUUAGCAAAAACCAAGGCGAUUGAACAAGUAUAUGGUAAUUGGGAGGAAUCAUACAAAGAGUUACCCCGCUACUUAAAUGCACUCUACACUUAUGCUCCUGGUACUAUUUAUGAGAUGGAAACAUUGCCCGCGUAUGCCCCAAAUGGUACUCUUGUCAGCGGAAAUGGAAUAUUUCGUCGUCUAUUCUGGGCCUUCCAACCUUGCAUCAAAGGGUUUUCAUUCUGCAAACCUAUUAUUCAAAUAGAUGGAACGUGGUUGUACGGAAAAUACAAAGGCACCCUACUGAUGGCAGUCGCACAAGACGGAAACAACAACGUCUUCCCAAUUGCAUUCGCUCUAGUCGAGGGAGAGACCGGUGGAGGUUGGAGUUUUUUUCUCAAACAUCUUAGAACACACGUGGCUCCGCAAGAAGGUCUCUGUUUGAUCUCUGAUAGACAUGCUUCUAUUGUUAGUGCAUACAAUAACCCGGCUAAUGGUUGGCAUGACCCCCCUUCUACGCAUGUCUUCUGCAUUAGACAUAUUGUACAAAAUUUCACGCGAGAAAUUAAAGACAGGGCCCUUCGAAAAUUGGUUAUGAACGCAGGGUAUGCAUUAACUCAACCAUCUUUCAAACAUUAUCGUAGAGAGAUCAGACUGUCAAAUCCAGAUGCAGGUACUUGGAUUGAUAAUAUUCCAGUGGAGAAGUGGACAAGGUCAUACGACAAUGGACAUCGAUGGGGACACAUGACAACAAAUCUUGUUGAAUCAAUGAACAGUGUCUUCAAAGGCAUACGACACCUCCCUGUAACCGCUUUGGUAAAAUCAACAUAUUUUAGGAUGGCUUCAUUGUUUGCACAAAGGGGUGAAAGGUGGGACGCUGUGUUACGAGCUGGACAAUUGUGGAGUGAAUGUUGCACAGGAUUUAUCAAGGCAGAAGGUGCGAAGGCCAACACACAUACGGUACCAAGACAAGAGUAUAGGGUUCUACUAGAAGAACGUUGGUGCGAUUGCGGCAAGUUUCAGGCAUUUCGUAUGCCUUGCUCCCAUGUCAUUGCAGCAUGUGCCCAUUCUCACUUAGAUGCAUUAGCACUCCUGUCUCCUAUUUACAAGUCUGAGACCUUGCUCCACGUAUACAACAAUGGCUUUGCAGUGGUAGCAAAAGAGGAUUAUUGGCCUGCGUACGAGGGAGAAAUUGUUUGGCACAACGACCAAAUGCGGAGAAAUAAAAAGGGUCGUCCCAAAAGCAAGCGUAUCACGACUGAAAUGAACGAGCUCGGUAAGCUAGAAAGAAAAUGUGGUUUAUGUCGCCAAGUUGGACACAAUAAAAAAAAUUGUCCUAAUCGUGCAAGUGGUUCUUAG